AUCUUGCAGAGCACAGAAGCUUCUCCUUUACAGACUCUCUUUUCUUCUCUCUCAUGCUUUCUCUCUCUUACUUUCUCUCUCCUAAAUCUUUGGUGACCAGUGAGAGAGAAUUUAGGACCAGAGAUGAAUAAGGUGAAACAAAAGAACAUUUAGAGAGAGGUUUAUCAACAAAAUAACAACAACAAUGAAAUUUAAUUACAUUGCUAUUUUCUUGAUCCUAACAUUGGUGGUCACUUCUUUCAGUGUCCAAUCCACUGCUAAUGAACAAGAAGAAGAAGAGAUAAUUAACAGAAGAAUUCUCCACCAACCAUUAUUCCCCGCCGCCUCAUCGCCGCCACCUCAGCCACCGCCGCCGCCGCCGCCGACUAACUUCCCGGACCCAGAACAACCGUUCUUCCACGAGCUCCCAAAUGGGCAAACGCCGGAUCAGAACCAGCAAACCCCACCGUCACCAUCCACAGCGGCGGCGGCGAACUCAGUCGCCGCCGCGAAGCCGCACAAUCAAACUAAGAAAAUAGCAAUUGCAGUAACGUCGGCGAUUUUAGCCCUCGGAAUGGUGUCGGCGUUGGUGUUUUUCGUCCACAACCACCGCGCGAAAAACCCAGACGAGUCCCGGAAACUCGUCGGAGCAAAUUCACAGAGAACCAACGAGGAAUCAAGAAUGCCGCCGUCCACUUUCCUCUACAUCGGAACAGUUGACCCUUCAACCAGAAGCAUAACCAGCGACACCACCGACGCCACCGGCUCGCCGUACCGGAAACUGAACUCGGGGAAAAGAUCCGACCGGUACAGACCCAGCCCCGACCUCCAGCCCCUACCGCCGCUGACGAAGCAGCCACCCCCACCGCCGCCGAUCAUAAACUCGCCGCCGCCGAUGUCGUCCUCCGACGACGAGAGCCACGAUACAAAUUUCUACACUCCACAAGGCUCGUCUCUGAGCAACGGGUCGCCCGGUUCACGUAUCAGUCAAUUAAAUCAGAAUCGUAAUUUCAUUAAUUCAAUCCCUCAUUCCAAAAGAACUUCACCCAAAUCCCGCCUCUCUGCUUCCUCCCCCGAUAAAAAGCCUGUAAUAAUACCCUCAAUCAAGCAAUCCCUACCACCAACACCGCCGCCGCCGCCACCACCGGCAACUUCUUUAGGCCCACUCCUCCCCAGCAAAAUAACACAGUCACACACUCCUAAAAGAGCCAAAUUCCCAGCACCACCUCCACCACCAGACAUGGCACGGCUCAGAUCAGUAAUCACCGAUGUUCAUCACCAGAAACCCAUUGCUCCAAUUCCACCACCGCCACCGCCACCUCCCCCCCCACCACCACCACCACCACAUACCCCAAUCCCCAUAAAAAUCGGAUCUUUCGAAAAACACACCCCUCCACCAGUUCCCAAACAAAUGAUAAAACCCAUUAUUGAUGAAGAUAACAGGGUUGUCAGUUCAUCAGAAAAAGCUGACGACGCGGCGGCCGCGGAAAAGGAUGGAUCCAAACCAAAACUGAAACCUCUGCAUUGGGACAAAGUACGUGCCACGUCAGACAGGGCCACCGUUUGGGACCAGUUGAACUCAAGCUCAUUCCAGCUGAACGAGGAUGCAAUGGAAUCACUUUUCGGAUGCAGCUCUGCAAAUUCGGUUCCGAAAGAAGCUUCUAGAAAGUCAAGCCUACCUUCUUUGGAGCAGGAGAACAGAGUGCUUGAUCCGAAGAAAUCCCAGAACAUCGCUAUACUGAUACGCGCACUAAAUGUGACUACGGACGAGGUUUCCGAAGCACUUUUAGAUGGAAAUCCAGUGGGAUUAGGUCCAGAGCUAUUGGAGACUUUAGUAAGAAUGGCGCCGACAAAGGAGGAAGAGAUAAAACUCAAAGACUACAAUGGUGAAGCCUCGAGACUGGGGCCCGCGGAGCGGUUCCUCAAGUCAAUACUCGAUGUUCCUUUCGCCUUCAAAAGAGUCGAAGCCAUGUUGUACAGAGCCAACUUCGAUACAGAAGUAGCUUACUUACGAAACUCCUUUCAAACACUAGAGGAAGCAAGUGAAGAAUUGAAGAAGAGCCGGCUAUUCCUUAAACUCCUCGAAGCGGUUUUACGAACAGGUAAUCGAAUGAACGACGGCACUAAUAGAGGCGAUGCGAGGGCUUUCAAAUUGGACACAUUGUUAAAACUAGUCGACGUGAAAGGAACCGACGGCAAGACGACUUUGCUCCACUUUGUUGUCCAAGAAAUUAUUAGGUCCGAAGGAGCGGAUGUGGGCCCCGCGAACGAAGCUUUGCCGAGUAAAAACUUUAAAGAAGAGGAAUUUCGGAAGCAAGGUUUGCAGGUCGUUUCUGGAUUAAGCAAAGAGCUGGUCAAUGUUAAAAAAUCAGCGGGAAUGGAUUCGGAUGUAUUGAGCAGCUACGUAUCCAAGCUCGAAACGGGACUCGAUAAAAUCAGAUUGGUCGUUCAGUACGAGAAGCAAAGCAUGCAGGGCAAAUUCUUCGAUUCGAUGAAGGAGUUUCACAGCAAGGCUGUCGAGGAAAUUACAAGAAUUAAAAGUGAAGAGAGAAGAGCGCUUUCGCUUGUGAAGGAAGUGACGGAGUAUUUUCACGGAGAUGCGGCGAAAGAAGAGGCGCAUCCUUACAGAAUUUUCGUGAUCGUACGAGAUUUUCUCUCUGUGUUGGAUAAUGUGUGCAGAGAUGUGUGGAGGAUGCAGGAUAGAGCUACAACGGGGGCAGGAAGGUCAUUUCGAGUGCCGGUGAAUACAUCUUUGCCGGUUUUCAAUAGGUAUCACGUGGGGCCGUGACGGAAAAAAACCCGCAAAUGGAAGAUCUUGUGCAAUGUACAGCCAUAGCACCAUGUUUCACAGGACAUGAAAAUGCAGAAUAUAUACCUCAAAACAAUAUAUACAGAAUCUACAGGUAGAAGAAAAUGAAAUAAGCAGCUGUCUCUUUAUCCAUUGAUAUACAUAAUAUGUAGAAAACAAUAGAGUUCAAUUGCGCACGAGUUUAAAUUAUUUUGAAUAAUAUAAAACAAAAAUUAUUUCUCGAUUA